CGAAUGAUGGAGAGUUGAGUUUAUUUGACAGAAUGAUGUUUUUAUUCGUUGGAGAAUAAUAAUAGGUGAAUGCAGAAGAUAGGAGAAUUUUCUUUGAGACAUCGUCAAUCAUAAAUUAAUUCUGUUUAUUUCUUUGCCGAUCUUAUUGAAAUUCCUACGUCAUAAGUUUACGCGGGAAAGUUGGUUACUUCGACAAUAAAAUGGCGACUGGAUGGAGAAAGUCUGCCAUGAAACGAAAAAUAUCAGCAAAUGGCCUUCCUUUUGGAGAAGACUCCUCUCCAAAUGAUCAUUCAAAAGUAAAGGAGAAAUUGCCAAAGAAGAGUAGGGUUUCAAAAAGGACUGAUUACCUUCCAUGGGACGAUUAUUUCAUGGCUGUAGCGUUCUUGUCAGCACAGCGAAGCAAGGACCCUUCUUCCCAAGUAGGCGCUUGUAUAGUUAACUCAGAGAAGAAGAUAGUUGGGAUUGGUUAUAAUGGAAUGCCCAACGGGUGCUGCGAUGAUGAAUUGCCUUGGGACAGAGAAGCUGAAAAUGAAUUGGACACCAAAUAUCCUUAUGUCUGUCAUGCAGAGAUGAAUGCUAUUCUCAAUAAGAAUUCAACAGAUGUCAAAGGUUGCUCUAUGUAUGUAGCCCUCUUCCCAUGCAAUGAGUGCACAAAGAUUGUGAUUCAAGCUGGCUUGAAAGAAAUUGUGUAUGUCUCAGACAAGUAUCAUGACAAGCCAGCCAUGGUAGCUUCUAGGAGGAUGUUGGACAUGGCUGGUAUUAAAUACAGACAAUUUACACCUUCAAAACACAAUAUUGUGGUAGAUUUUACUUCAAUUGAUGGAACAAAAUCUAAAAGCUUCAGCUCAGUGGCUUCACCUUGAGCCAUUAGUACAGAGUGGAGAAGUGGUAAAUAAUAAUUGUACUGAAGCCAAUCCAUAUUUUAUUGUAAACAAUUACAUGAUAAUGGUUGAUUUCAUUUCAUUGUUAUUUCUUGCUGUGUUUCCUUUUAACAAGACACACUCUAAACUUGGAAAAAUAGAAGGCAAAUCCAAAAUUCCAAGUUUAGAGUGUAGAUGGUUUUUGUACCAUGAACAUGAUACUGUCUUUUGCAGUUGCAUUUAGUGACUACGAAUAAUAAAGUUUAGGUUGGAGCUGCCUCGCAUGAUCAACUAGUGUGGCAUCUCCAACCUAGACUUGAAACUUUCAUUCAUAGUCACUGAAUGGAACUGGAAUAUUUAUUUCCAUUCUUACUUUCGAUAUCACAACGAGUUAUAAUAAGAUGAAGAAUAACUGAUGCGUUAUCACUGUUGCAGCAGUCUUUUCAGUAGAACUAAAAUCUUGUCCCAUUUACUACAAGCAUAAACAGACCAUUUUUUUCUUCUUUCAAAGGACAGUAAAAAACUGAAACAGUUUAUAAUUAAGUAAUUAAUAGAAAUAUAGAAAUAUGUCAAGGAUGUUUCUUAACCAGAAAUCAGAAGUAUUAGUUUUGUCUCUGUUAUCUUGUUGUUAGAAAGUCAAUUGUGAUUGGCUAAAAAGAACAAUAGAACAUUGUUGGAAUAUUUCCAAGUGCCCACGGUUUUUCGGUUAGUGCUGUAAAAUCUGAGAUAUUCUUUUAAUUCGUUGAGCUAAUGGGACAUAGCAAUGGCAACAAAGAGGAGUGCGACCUACGAAUAGUGCUGGAGGAUAGAUUUACUUUUUGCUUUCAUUACUUUUAUCCAGUCUAACCAACAAAGCUAAGCAUUGAUGUACACAAAAUGAAAGAAGUGGUAAAAUAUUUGUGUUGUUUGGAAAUAGACUUUAUUCUGUUGCUUUCAUUAAAAUAUCAUGAUUAAAUAUCAUUUUAUCUUAAAAUUGUC